CCAUUACUUCCAGCCAAACGUUUCAGCGGGCAACAGCAGCUUCCAAGCGCUUCGAAAAGUGCAGGCUGUGCAGGGCUAAUCAUUCAUCUGAAGCAACGGCAAUUCCGCGGCAAAGAUCAGGUUCACUUCCCCCUCCGAAAAUAGUCAAACUCAACUUGACCGGCCCACGCGAAAGCUGCAGUUUAGUGUGUCAAAAGUGUAUUUUUCCGGGUCGUCUAGCUUUUUUCCCGCAAUUAAUCAACUCCCCCGGCAGUGGAAAGUUUAUCCAGCGUGAAUUUUUGCAUCUCUGAGAAGAAACGUCGAGUCUAAAGUUUUGCAAAAUGUUGGCCGCAACUUCACUGUUCAAGAUGCUGCUGGUGACCUCGAUACUGUCGCAAGCGGUCCACUGUCAGCGGUUGCUGGGGCGGGGUCGCCGGGAAGCGACGAACACACCGUUGUCGUCCACCGAUGCGCCGGUUGAGGUAAGUGAAGCUGUCGACAAACAGUCGGCUGCCGGAGAGGUGUUGAGUACGGCCGCUUCGACAAGGACACAGCGCAGCUACUACGGCGGUGGCUCCAGUGAAAGAUUGUUCGAUCUGGGCGGGCUGCUGGGAAGCCGCACGUACUAUUCGGGCAAUCGGGGCUAUUACCCGUCCGGUAGUUACUACCCGCAGGGUGGCUACUACCCACAGGGCGGUUAUCUGCCGCAGGGUGGCUACUAUCCGGGAGGCGGCUAUGGCGGAUCGGGCUACUACCCGGGCACGAACACGCUGGGCGUCGGAUCGCCCGCGUACGGUGGCGGCAGCUACGGCGGUUAUGGCGGCUACGGCGGCUUCGGAGGUAACGGUGGGCUGCAGUCGUACUACGGCUACAACAACGACAACUACUACGGCAACCGCAACCUGGGCUAUGGCUACUACAGCGGCACCUCACCGUCCGGCUACGUAGGCUCCACCCUUGUUAGCGGUUUCCGUGGCUACAACUAAGGACCGGCCGGGUGACUUUGACGCACUCACUGCAGACCACUCUACGUUUGUGACGUUUUUGUGACGUGUUGUGUUGUGUUGUCUGUCCGUUAAAUCAAUGUCUGUCCGUCUGUGUGUGUGGGCUUUGUACAAAUGCUGUGCUCGCUGUUUGAAACCAAAAUGGCAAACACCAAAAACGAAUCUCCACAGUGCUACAAUUUGUCGAUCCAGCCCACAACCGAAUGUCCUGUUGUGCGUAGAUAAUAAUAUCCGUCCAGCGGUUCCGACUUGACGUGCUAAAAGCUAUAUUUAUAUUCCCUUCAUCUCAGCCAUCAGGAGCAACAGAAACGGUACCUCACGCCCACCAGCAAAUCCCAGGCGCGUGGGUAAACGGGGGCCACUUCAUGGUACUUGCUCGAGUAAAUAAAGAUGUCGAUCAAAGAUCUAA